AUGGCGCAGUUCGUCUCUCAAGACCCCGGCGCUCGUGAGCACGAUCUCGGCUUCGCCAAGGCCGAUGCCAAAGAUGGCUACACGGCGCACCGUCCCUCCCGUUCCGAUGAUGGUUCGGCCGACAACAUGCUCGAGCAGUUGGGCUACAAGCCCGAGCUGGAACGCAACCGCUCGACGCUGCAGGUCGCCUUCAUGUCAUUCGUGCUUGCAUCGAUCCCCUACGGUUUGGCUACUACCAUGCUCUACCCCCUGGCUGGUGGCGGUCCCGUCAAUAUCAUUUGGGGCUGGCUCGGCGUGUCUCUGAUCAUUAUCUGUGUCGCUGCAUCGCUUGGUGAAAUCACCAGUGUUUAUCCCACUGCCGGAGGUGUCUACUACCAGGCCUUUAUGCUUGCCCCUGCCAAGUGGCGCCGUGCAGCCAGUUGGAUUUGCGGCUGGCUAUACGUCGUUGGAAACAUUACCAUCACUCUGGCUGUGAAUUUCGGAACCGCGCUGUUCUUCGUUGCGUGCAUCAACGUUUUUGAGUCGGAACCUGGUGUCGGCGUCUUUGCCGGCGAGCCGUACCAGGUUUUCCUCAUCUUCUUGGGUCUGACCCUUCUCUGCAACGCGGUGUCCUCGCUCGGUAACCGCUGGCUGCCCCUGCUUGAUACUGCCGCCAUCUUCUGGACCUUUGCCGGUGUCCUUGCGAUCAUCAUCUCCGUCCUCGUUAUCGCCAAGAACGGCCGCCAUGAUGCCAAAUACGUCUUCACCCAUUUCGAGGCCAACUCUGGCUGGCCCGAUGGCUGGUCUUUCAUGGUCGGUCUGCUGCACGCCGGAUAUGCCACUUCAUCUACCGGCAUGGUUAUUUCCAUGUGUGAAGAGGUCAAGAACCCCUCUAAGCAGGUCCCCAAGGCGCUCGUUUUCACCGUUUGCCUCAACACUCUGGCCGGUCUCCUCUUCCUCAUCCCGCUCGUUUUCGUGCUCCCCGAUAUCACCUACUUGAUCAACCUGGCUUCCGGCCAGCCUGUUCCUGCCAUCAUCAAGGACGCUAUUGGCAACUCUGGCGGCGCGUUCGGUCUCCUCUUCCCCCUCAUGGUCCUUGCCGUCCUUUGCGGUAUUGGCUGCACGACUGCUGCCUCGCGCUGCACCUGGGCCUUUGCCCGUGAUGGUGCCAUUCCCGGCUCCCGCUGGUGGAAGGAGGUCAACACUAAGCUUGACGUCCCUCUCAACGCCAUGAUGCUCAGUAUGGCCGUCCAGAUCAUCCUUGGUCUCAUCUACUUUGGCUCCAGCGCCGCCUUCAACGCCUUUUCCGGUGUUGGUGUCAUUUGCUUGACUGCCUCUUAUGCCGUCCCCAUUGCCAUCAGUCUGUUUGGUGGCCGUAAGCACUUGGAGGGCGCAAACUUCAACCUUGGCGCUUUUGGUGCAUUCGCAAACGUCGUCGCUCUCGCCUGGUCUUGCCUCGCGAUGCCCCUGUUCUGCAUGCCCACUUUCGUCCCCGUUACGGCCACGACCAUCAACUACGCCCCCGCCGUCUUCGUGGCCGCCUGCCUUAUUUCCGGUCUCUGGUACCUCGCCUGGGGCCGCAAGAACUACGCCGGACCCCCGAGCGAGGAGGUCCACCACUAA